UAGCAAAAGGGGGGAUCAACGUCAGCAGCUGCGAAGGCAGCCAGCGGAACACUCGCCUGACUUUCAAUUGGCGUCACAUUUUUGGUCGACUACGAUCAUGAUGAUGAUGAUGAUGAUGUAGUUGAUGCGGCAGCCAGCUCACUUUUCCUGUCUCCAGUGUCAGUCUAUAUGGUUGCCAAGUGUCUUGCAUACGAAUGGGUCUGGGAAUGGCAACACCUAUAUCUAUAUAUCUAUAUAGCUUUAUGGCUAUAUGGCUAAGGGAAGGCGAAGUCGAUUGCGAACGACUUAACCCUGACAGAGACCUAGUCUCAGUCGCUGUCGAUCGGCGGUAGUCAAAACAUAUCAAUCAUACGCCGAGUGUGUCCAAUUAGCGACUGUGGCAGGUGUUUGCUCUGUUCUUCGGCCCGGCCAGGCCAGACUCUCCAAAUCAAAUUACACGCCAUGUGAUCAUCCAUGAAGAGUGCUGCUGCAAUCAGAAUGGAACAAAACUCCAGUCAUCCCAGAAUCAUUAUAGAGCAGGCCGUGCCUUUAAAUUUAAAGUACAAGCAUAUAAAUUCGUUCGAGUUUGACAACUAGUUUUAUACGGUUCCGAUUUGUGACAUUCCCAACUGGACAUCUUUUAGCAUACCAGCUAAUUAUACAAACCAAUCUAUAUACAUUUAGCCACAUAUCUAUAGUUCGAGAAUCUUCGCCAGAACGAGUUCCGGUUGGAGUUGGCUAGUUGCCAAUUGCCAGUUGCCAGUUGCAGAAACAGUAACGAAAACAGAAAGCCAACAUGACGAACUACAUAAAGAUUGUCGAGGAGCGAAUCUCCGGCCUCUCCAAAGGAGUGGAUGAGACGGUGGACAGCUGGUUCCUGAUGAGCUCACCUAUGCCCGUGGUGGCCGUGGUCCUCGUCUAUUUGGCGUUCGUUCUGAAGAUCGGACCCGAGUACAUGAAGAACCGCAAGCCCAUGGACCUCAAGCGCAUCAUGGUGUUCUAUAAUGCCUUUCAGGUCUUGUACUCCAUUUGGAUGUGCCGCACGUCCAUCCAAGAGAGCAAUGUGAUGUCGUCAAUCUUCUCGAAGAAAUGCGAGAUCAACCGCACCAGGGAGCAGAAUCUGACCCUCUACUCCGGCGCCUGGUUCUACUUCUUCUCGAAGAUCAUCGAUCUGCUGGACACGACGUUCUUUGUGCUGCGCAAGAAGGACAACCAGGUGUCCUUCCUCCACGUGUACCACCACACCAUCACGGUGCUCUUCUCCUGGGGCUACCUGAAGUACGCUCCCGGCGAGCAGGGCGUGAUCAUUGGCAUCCUCAACUCGGGCGUGCACAUCAUCAUGUACUUCUACUACAUGGUGGCCGCGAUGGGACCCCAGUACCAGAAGUACCUGUGGUGGAAGAAGUACAUGACCAGCAUCCAGCUGAUCCAGUUCGUCCUCAUCCUCGGCUACAUGCUGACCGUGGGCGCCAAGGGCUGCAACAUGCCCAAGACACUGACCUUCUUUUUCGUGGGCAACACGGUCAUCUUCCUUUACCUGUUCGGCAACUUCUACCGCAAGACCUACAAGAAGGCCAAGUCCGUGGACGGAGGCAGUCGCACCACCGGCAGCAGCUUGGCCCAAUCCGCUCUGCGUGCCGCCGGCGGAAUGGGUUGCAUGCCGCAGACCAUGAACGCCGGAAAGCAUCUGCUCCAGAAUGGCCAGGCCGGCAAGGCGUACCUCGAUCUGAACAACAACAGCGUGAAGCCCAUGAAGCUGGAAUGAUCGGCGAUGCCGAAUGGUGUCGAUGGGUUUUCAGUUAGCAAUUACGUUUUUAGAGCGGGGCUUAGUUCGUAACUCUUACCUUUACCAUUACCAUUACCUUUUACCUUUACCUUUACCAACUAUCAGUAGUCUGUAGUCUGCGGAGAAUAACUUGUAUAAUGUUUAUAUGCCGGGCAGGCGGAUGAUGAUUCAAAUCCAAAAAGUAGCUAGGACCCUAAGUGCGUGAAUGUGGCCAUGUUUGUGUGACUGAGUACGUGUUAAUGUUUUUCUAGCUGAGCGUGUGUGAGAGCUAGUGUGAUAGAGCUUAUUAAUGAAAUGCAGCCGUAAAUCGUUUCGCGAAACAAUACAAAUUCAAUAAAACUUUAAUUUUGUAUAUUUAAUAAAACCAAAAAAGUCGGUGUCUGUUCUUUGCCGGUGAAA